GAACAUGUGAAGCGUCCGGGAUGCAGCCAUCCAUGCAGGUCUGACAUGGGGGAAUUCGCUCGCAGAGUGCGAAAAACGAGUUGUUGGCCCGGCCGCAUGGGAUGGGCAGCCAGACUGACACACAGGUCUCGCGUAUCGUCCUCAAGUCUCUAGUGAUAGCCACUCAAGCAGCCAGUACAAUGGUGUUGUUUGCCAAAAUCGCAGUCGGUCGGUCGGUCGGUCAGUCGUGCAGUCAAGAAGAGGAAAGAUGAGAGCAGAGAUGCUCUAGGGGACGACCUACGCGCGUACGGACACUCUACUCACACCCAUCACACCACCAAGGAAGACAGACACCACAGAGAGGUAGAGCAUGCCUAUGGAUGCACUCGUGCAUUCAUUCGUACAUUUGUGCGGUCGGUCGGUCGGCAAUAUUUAUCCUCGCUGAUGAUUAUCAUGAAUGAUAGACACGACCAUCGGCCGCCGAAUUACUCAUAGACAGAUAGGCGCUGUACACAGCAGGCAGGCAGGCAGGCAGGCAGACGGACGGACGGACAGACGACAAGGGGAAACCAGCAGGUCAGAGAGGUGCGUCCUACACUCCUGUAUAUGCUGUAUAUGCUGUAUGUGUGUCGUGUCGCAUAUAUUGCUCUGGUGGGUGCUGAUAGAUACACACCACCUUCACGGCAACCGAACAAACGUUUGUAUUUACACCCACUCUCAACACCCAUUCCACCCAUUCCACUCAUCACCACAAAGACAGACAAACAGACAAACAGACAGACAACAGAGGCAUGUUCAGGCAAAGUGACAUACGGACGGCCACACAUGCAAUCAAUCGCUCCCUCCUCCCCUCCCCUCCCCAUAGCCACAUAACCCGGAUCAUAGCCCCCUCCCUCCUCACCACCCCUCAUCUCACCCACCUCAUGUGCCACUGACGGCUCAUUGUGGCAAUCAAUCCAUGCAGUGCAUCCAGCCAACGAUAAUGAAUGUCGUGUCACCUCUGUGCAUCCGAUGGGUGGGUUGGCGGCAAAAAAAUAACACAUUAUGUGUGUGUGUGUCGUUGUGUGGCUGGCUGGCAGGCGAGAAACGAGCAGACGGAAAAAGAACUUGAGCAUCCACUCACUGAAAAAGCUAAGCGACGGAGAUCUGAUCUGCCUGGUCUGAGCCGGUCUGUUGCUCGGUCGGUCGGUCGAUAUGUGUGUGUUGGGGGCGAGGGGGUAGGGCUUUCCCGACCAUUAAACCCCUUUACAUACACUCACAGGCACAUAGGCACAUACAAAGGAAGGCAACAUAAAAACCACACCAAAGAAAACGCUCAGCAGUGAGAAAAAGCCAGCAAGGUAAGCUAAGGCAGGCACUGCAGCAGUAUUCAGUCCUCAGUCUUUGCCUCUCUCCCUCCGUCCCUUUCGCAGGUAAGUGUAGGGUACGUAUCUGAUAGAUACGAUGGAUGGCGCAACGAGCAAUAGUGCGAUCGAGAUCUGCCGACGAGUGCGUGCGGGGGUGUGUCUGCCUGCCUGUCUGUCUGCCUAGACUACAUUAGAUGCAUCCGUACCUACACCCACCCAUACCUACGCCCACAAGCGCACACACCCACAUCCAUCCAUCCAUCCAUCCAUCCACGCGCCCAAUCAGCAGUCAAUCAGUCAGUCAAUCAAGGCACGCAGUUCGUGCGUACACGAUGGCCUUCCACCCACCGUCCCCACCGCAAAACAAGACAGACACGGCAGCUCAGCUCCUGCAUGGCUGCAUGGAAUGAAUGCAUUCCCAUCCCUUCCCAUCCCUCUCUCUCUCCCUCUCUCUCCCUGUACGCCCGUACUCACGUACACACCACAUGACGUCACGCAAUGCAAUGCAAUGCAGUCAACGCAGGCAGGGCGGCAAUUGCAGUAGCAAUAAUGCGCUGUGCUCUAGAUCGAUGGAUGCGUGUGUGCUGGUUCAAAAAAGAGGAGGUCUGCUCCCUCCCUCCCCUCCAUGUGUGUGUGUGUGUGUGUGUGAGUUAGUCAGCGCUGGUCUCGAACAGGCUCAUGACGGCCGCGAACUGCAUGAGGCCGCCCUCGACACUCAUCUCCCCCGUGGCGAUCGCCAGAGCGGCCGUCCGGGUGCCCUUGAUCAGAUCUCGCAUCAAGCCAGACGGCAUGCGCACCUGCACACAUCCAUCCAUCCAUCCACCCGCCAUCUCUCUCUUUCUCUCUCUCUCUCUGUGUGUGUGUGUGUACCUUGAUGUUAGGGCGGUGGUCGCAGUGGUUGUGGUUGAGCUCGACCACGCCCCUGCGGAUGUGCAGGCAGCUCACGCCCGCACUGGGGGCGUAGUCCGUCCAGCGGAACUCUAUCGAAGAAACAAGGCUCAGCGCGCGCUCGGCCGCAAACCUGAAAGAAACGUACACGCCAGAAGGGGUGAAUGUGAGGUGAGUGUCGCACGUGUGUGCGUGGAAAUCGGCGUACCUGACUCGCAGUACGUCCAGCGCCUGUCUGACGUCCUUGACGCGAUCGAGAACCUGAUGCACACAUACAGACACCGACCGACACUCACGUGCACAGAUGGACAGACAGACAGACACAUGCUCUCUCCCUCUGUCCCUCCCACCCACCUGUAUUUUCUGUUCAUCUUUGAUUUUGAGGCUGACUUUGCCCUCUGCCUCUGAAGCUGCCGUGAGGAAGUAGUUGCGCCCCGUGGCCGCCGGCUGCCGCGCCGCCAUCUCACGCAACGCCCGCACACGCAGCUUCUGGGCCGGCUCGUACUGGCCGUCCAGACGAACGGCCGAUGUGGCCAGCUCCAAAGCCCACUGAUGGAUGCAUCAAAUCAAGCAUGACACGAUGGCCACACACAAAGAGGGAUGGAGAGAGAUGGCUUGGUCUGUGUGUGUUGGUGUGUGUUGGUGGGCACCUGUGCGCGUCCCUCUUCCAGCGCCUUCUCUGCUGCUGCCAGGACAUUAUCCCGACCGCCCGCCAGCUCCGCCAGACCCUGCCCCCCACACACACAGGCACACAGAGAGACAUAUUGAGAUGAACGAACAAGUCAUACACACACACGCCCACCUUGGCUCUCUCGAACGGUGCGAGUGGGUUGAGGUCGGCAGGGUCGCCUGAGAACCAUCCCAUGUAGUGUGUGAAGACCGCUCGAACGGCCCACGGGACGAUGCCGUAGAAGGGCUGCAGGUAGGGGAGGGGGGCGAGGUGCGGGGGCAGCUGGAUGCGCUGCACGAUGUCGUCCAGCAGGUAGCCCUUGUUCAUCAGCCGGAUCGUCUGGUCGUGGACGAACUGAAUGGCGUCGCGGUAGUUGGUCAAAGUCUCUGCCAACAAACAGACAGAGCCCCACACACAGAGCCCCACACAUCCACACAUCCCGCCUCCCUCUCUGUUGCUGUAUAUUUUCUUCUCUCACCGUGUAUGACUCGCUGCCCCCGGAGAGGCCGUGUGUGUGUGGGAACCAGGUACUGUGCCGGCAGGCUGCGCAUGAGGUCCAGCGACCGCACCCAGACCAUGCUGUCGCGGGUCUCGGUGCCGCGGAUGGCAUACAGGUUGGGGAAGGCGCAGUAGAAGUUGUCGGCCCCCACCAGCAGCCGCUGGUCCGGCAGCCAUAUCACGAUCUGGUCCUUGGUCUCGCCGGGGGCGUGCAGCAGGUCCAGACGCACGCCGUCGAUCUCAAUCGACUGAAAGAAACCACAAGAGAAAGAAAGAGAGCAGUGCAUCCAUCCCAUCGAUGUGCGCGUGACAGGCUGGCUGUGGCCGCCUCAGGUACCUGUUUGUUGCUGGCCAUGGUGCGGUUGGGGUGUAUGAUUCCCAUGGUGGCCCGCCAGUCGUACAGCAGCCGCGGCCCGAUGCCCGCGUUGAUGAACUCCUCCUCAGUCAAAAACACGCCAAACUGACGCAUCGCCCGGCGGUAUGUCACGGCGCCCGUCAGUGAGAGCGCCUUGUCGAUCUCCUUGACCGUCAACGGGUGGCUCCACACCUCUAUCGACGACUGGUUGUUGUCGCCGCUGCUGCUGGUGGGGUGGUUCCCCAAAUGCCGCUGGUGCGCGGCCACCAGAGAGCUCGCGCCGAAGAUGUGGUCCUGAUGGGCGUGUGUGUAGAUGAUGGCCUUGAGCGGCAUCGGCAGCACCAGCUCGCCGCUCUCGGUCUCCUCCUCCCCGUUCCCAAGAAAUGGGUGCUGCAUGAGGUCUCGGAGCAGCGCAUCCAUGGCGCCGGUGCUCUCCAAUGUGUCGACCACAAUGAGCCCGCCGCUCUUGCCCCUGAUGAGGACGCAGUUGGCGAGCCCGUACCCGAUGGCCACGAACACCGACUGCGUGACCUGGACGAUCUCCUUGCGGAACACCUUGGUGUGCUCAUGCAGGGCCGCCGGAGCGGCGUGUGGGUCCAGUGGCGGUGCGUCGGGGUAGAGAAUCUCAUAUGAGAGGGGGUCGCCGCCUCCCAUCCACCACAUCCAGUGGGGCAGCGACAGCUUACUCAGCAGCAGCAGCAGCGGGUGGCUGGCAGACAGGCCGGGCGAGAAGGCCCGCAGCAACACGCCCGUGAGCAAGAUGCCGACGAAGGAGAUGAGCAGGGUCCGCCGGAAGGGGGAUAGGGGGGUCUUCUUGCGUGGGGUGGAGAUGUCUGGUUCGCUCAUCGAGUGCGGCUCGCUGUUGGCCGACGCUGAGGGGGAAUCGGACGCUGUGGUAUCGGCAGAGGGAGCGGGGGAAGGGUUCCUUGGCUGCAGGGCCGAGUUGUGCGCCGGGUCGUGGUCGCUCUCUUCUCCCAUGGCUGCUGUCGGUCCAGCGACGAUGAUCAGGGGCGUUGUGCUGCCUCGGGCGUGAUUUUGCU